GUAACAGCACAUUUACUAUAUAACUAAAGACAUUUUCCCAUCAUCCUAUCUUGGAUUCACGUGCUUUUUCAGCCGAAUUCGUUAUCCUAUGAUAUCAUCACAUAUUAUUUCUCAUAUGAUAAAUUGGACAAUACCAUACGCAAGUACGCGCUAUACGGAAGAACCGCGAUGGCAGAUGAAGUUGUGGCAGACACAGCGGUGCCCAACUGGGACCACCCACACUUCGACUCCCAACGUAUGAAGGUCGAUGAUCUAAGAGUCGCCUUCGCCUGUGAGGAAUUCGGGGGGAUGCUGGGGAUCUGCGACGAAACGUGCGAAGAGGUCAAGAAUCAGGUGCUCACGGACGAACAAGAAAUUGUUCUCCCCGCUCUCAAGUUACUCAUAGGCUUUUCGAAUCGCGACUUAGCAUGCACCCUCGGCAGUAAGAUAGGGGGUCUUAAGUUUAUUGCCCUCGUUUGCGCUUUGGCCACGGCGUUUGCACCGCAAGAGUGUGCGCAGAUGUUGGCAAAACUGAUGAAAUGUCAUCUGAAGCGUUUCGAGGAACGACAUCCUACAGCUGAGGAGCUGUUGCCUUUAUUAAAUUCGAUGAAUGCUAGAUGCCAGCUCUCCGGGUUCGCCGAGCGCGUUGUAAAUCACGAGAUACUAUUCAUCCAUUAUCUUCGCGAUCGACGCCAUGACGCUACGUCAACAAGCCGGUUCAGCAAGACCCCUGAUAUGGAUGCUGUGAUUAAGAUGAUCAGUUUACUGAAAGACUUACAAGAGAAUAGUACCAAAAGCCCCAACCUCAAACUCAAAGCAUUUAGUAUUCAAGCAGGUUUCUGUGCGCCCUGGAUCGCCGCCUUCCUGCACUGGUGGCUGAAUCAGGAGUCCAUGAUCUAUCUCGAGGACGACUCGCCUUCGCAGUGCGAGAAGAUCAUGAACGGCAACACCAAGGUCGGCAUCAAGCUCGUGUUUCCGAUAGACGAGUUUUCACCACAUUAUAUUCGUAUUAGGGAGCUGUACUCGGAGUCCGUCUGGAAGAACUGGUACUUCGGCCUCGGAAAAGCGGAGCAGUACGGCGGCCUCGUGGAUAUUCCUACAUACUUCCGCCUCAUGCUAUGCGCCUUCCGGCUUGACCGCGGCCAGGCCAAAAGAGCGAUUGUAGAGGCCCUCCCGUACGCCCUGUCCAAGGCGCGGAAGGGGCUGACUAUGUGCUCAGGGGGCUGCGUGGCUCGCGACCGCUGGGGAGCGCCCUGCUUGCGCGACCAGCAACAACGCCAGAAACUAAAACAGCAGCAGCAGCAAUUACACAAAAAACAUCAACAUCCACAACAACAACAACCACAAGAACAACUAGGGGACAGGGCAGACGCACACGCAUACACGAUAUACACAGACCGCUACGACCCCUUCCCCCCGCGCCAAGCCAUAAACCGCAUCCUCGCCCUCGUCCCCGGCUGCGCGGGAAAACACAUGCAGGACCCGCGCAGCAAGGCCAUGGGCACGCCCGUCUCCGGACACCCCGCCGCGGCCAACUUUUUGGGAAUGCGCAUCUUCGCGCCGCAGCGCGCGGAGUGGGGCGCCGCCGCGUUCGAAACGCAGUUCACGUCGCUGCUGGACGCGGGCGCGGCGACGCUGUUCGAGGAGCAGGUCGCGCACGUGGUUGCCGCGGUGCUGGCGCUGGCGCUUUUCGAGGGGGCGAAGGGGGAGGGGGGGUUGAGGGUUAGGCCGGAGCCGAUGGUUUGGAGGGGAAAGGGGGUGGUGGGGCCGAGUACGGUUGUUUCGGCGGUUUGUAGGGUUUUUAGGGGGGAGGGGGGUUCUUGCGAUGUUGGGGAGUGGCAUCGCGUUUGUAGGGUUUUGGCUGGUGGGGAGGGAUACUGGGGAGAGAAGGGGAGAGUGGAGGAGAAGGAGGAAAGGGGCUUCGUGGGGGAUGGGGAUAAUGCGAUUAUUUCGUGCGGCGGCGGACAGGUGGUUUGGCCGGCUGUUUUGUUUGAAGCGGCUCUGCCGAAGGAUGGAGAGAGUUAUCUUAGGCUUCUAUGGCGGCGUGGAGGCGUGUAUGACCAGUGUGACAUGAGGCGGUAUCACAAAGUGGUGGGUUCCGAUUCGCGAAUCGUGCCUGACAAAGUACCUCGCAGUGCGUUUGAGAUCCCGUCAAGAUUGACGAAAUCUAACAUGUCAGUUGGAGACACGCAUAUCACACUCGGAUGCGAAGCGGGAUCUCGGGGGAUCUUGAAAUGCGCUCUCGUUAAGGACUCCGACUCCGAUGGUGGUAGAACCAAUGGCAUACACGUCGACCCGGGCGGCAUAAUCAAGACCCUGGCGUCCGCAGAGCGCAUCGAAGCCUGCAUGCAUCGCCACGACGCACCGAUGGAUAUCCCUCUGCACAUGACUAUACACAUAACCGACGUUGGCCCCGUAACCAUUAAUACCAGCGGUAGUAGUGCCUCUUCGCUCCCCGAGGUGUACUUAUGCGCCCCGGAGGACGCCCUGCCCUGGUACUGGGACUGGGCUAGCAGAAUCAAGCAGUUGGAUGAAGAGGAAGAUGAUGAUGAAAAUGACGUGGCCCGGCUGCGUCAAAGUGCACUUUUAAUGCACGCACGCACAGAUACCGGGUUGAGACCAGGCGCCGUGGCGGUCGUACCUUCGGCCGGAGAUGAGCAAGUGCGAUUUCUUGCGCUCGCGAAACCGGUUGGGGCGCAUGUAGCGGUGAGGCAGCGGGCUUGCGUGGAGUGCUGCGUGAAGUAUUGUAAGGAGAAUGGAUUUGAUAUUCUGGUGCUGUGAAUACUGGCGGUAAUAGUUAUGAGUCGGUACGAGAGAAGGUGGAAUUUUGAGCUGAGUGCAUAACUACCUACCUACCCAGUUACCAAGGCAGUCAUGCAUGAUACUUGUAGAAUUGCGUAGCAC